AUGGCACCCAAGAAUCUCCCUCCCGCCGCCAAACAGGCAAAGAUUCUGAAUUGGUUCCGAGAAUCGAUGAAUGUCUACACUCUGAAAGAGCUCGAGAAGUUGGUGCAAUCUGUCGCAUCCAUCAACUCGAUGCAAGUCAAGGAAUACCUUCAAGCUCUUCAAGACGAGAACCUCAUCCGAGUCGAGAAAAUCGGCAGCGGCAAUUGGUACUGGUGCUUCAUGUCGGAUGCUAAGAAGAGCAAGGAGAACAUGAUCAACACCUUGAGGGCCGAAGAAAGCAAGAUGAUGGCUUUGAUCGCCGAGACGGAGAAGCAGAUUGAACAAGAGAUGGCCAAGCGCGAUGAGGAUGACGAGAUGCUGGUGGAUAAUGGCAUGGACAGGAAAGCCCUCUUGGAGGCCCACGAGACGCUCUUGAAGGAGAUGGAAACCCUCGACAAGGACUUGGCUUGCUACAGCGACAAUGACCCGGCCGAGAUUUCACGCAAAAUGGAGGAGACGAAGAGAACAAAGGAUUGUGCUAUCAAGUGGACUGAUAAUGUGGAGGCUAUGCAAUCAUUCCUUUUCAACAUCCUUGGGGAUCGCGCUCAGGUUGCCGCCACGAUGCAGACGAGUUGUGGUGAUGAGUACGUCGUUGGAGAGGGUUUGAAGGAUCUCUGUGCCCCAGCCUGA